AAAAAAUUAAAAAAAAGAUUAAAAGAGAUAAAAUUUCCUUUUUUUUUUUUUUCUUUGUUUAAAUAAAAAAUGAGGAUUUGUAUUUAUUUAUUAGUUUUUAUAAUUUCUUUAAAUUUUGUUUUAGGAGAUUAUGAAAAAUUAAGUCAGUGUGGUAAAGCAUGGGCAGUUCCAAAUGGAGGUAAAUCUAGUGAUGGUGGGCAAUGUGGACUUCCUCCACCAGGUAUUGGUACAGCUGCUUUAAAUGUUUUUGGAUUUAAUGGUGGUAAUAGAUGCGGCGAAUGUUAUGAAUUAACCGGACCUCUGGGCAGCACAGUUGUGAUGGUCACAGAUGGGUGCGAUGCAGGUGAUGCAUGUAAACAAAAUAAACUAUUUAACUUUAUUAUUUCUGAAAAGGAUUUUAAUAAAAUUGGAAAUUCUACUGCCUAUGGUAAUAUUUAUUCAUUAGGUUACCAAAGAGUAUCCUGUGGUUUCCAAGGAAAUAUAAAAGCUACAUUUGGUGGAGGCAAGAGUGGAGGCAAAUUAGAUUAUUCCUAUUAUUUUACUGUAGCUUUUAGUAAUUAUAAUAUUGGGAUUAAACAAGUCCAAUUAAUGGGAUUAAAUAUGCCCAGAGCAAGUAUAUUGAAACGUGAUUUGGGCAAAUUUAACUGGAAUCAAGGUCAAGGUGGUAAUAGUUACAAGUUACAAUUCCCUGCUACUUUAAUUGUAACAGCUAAUGAUGGCCAAGUUAUAUCAUUUAAGUUUAAUCGUCCACCGGCCGGAGUAUCAAUAGAUACAAGAAAACAAUUUGAAAAUAAAGGAGAUCCAAAGAUUUCAAAGAGCACAUGUUUAAUGGCUAUGGCACCAGAGUAUGUUUAUCAAGAAUCAUUAGAACUUGGAUGGGCUUCAUAUUUCUCAUGGAAAUAUACAUAUAUCAAUAUCUCAUCACAUGAAACCGGUAAAAAGGUGGCACUUAAAAAAAAUUGUAUUCAAACUGAAUUAGAGUCUUAUGGAGGUUUACAAUUUACAAGAGAAGGAGGCUUCCCAACAAAAUACAUUAAAGCAGUUUCAUUUACCGUCAGAGCAGCACCACCAACUGAAAAUCUACAAGUAUAUUUUGGUUUACUCGGUAGCUACACUGUACCAGGACCAAUUGGGUGGGAUUGGGAGGAAAUAACCAUCCCCAUUUCAAAACUAAAACCAAAUCCUAUUGAAUAUAAUCUUGUUUUUUAUAAUAAUCAAGAAGAAAAGUCUGCACUAUGGAUAGAUAAUAUAAAAUUCACCUAUUCAAUCAGCACACCAAAACAAGCUAUUGUCGUUUAAAAAAAAAAGGAAAAAAGAAAAGAAAAAAAAGAAAUAAUUUUAUAAUUUUUUUUAAAAUAAAAAAAAAAAAAAAGUAAAUUAAUAUUUAUUUUUAACCAUUAUUUAUAUUAC